AUGCUGGCGGACAUGAUGACCAAGCCGAUCGCCGCUGUACAAUUUGAAAACAUUCGCGAUCGACUUGGGAUCCAAGGUGCCGCAGCUAACGAGUCGAGAGGGAGUUUUGGAAAGACGGCGGCUGUGAAGAAGACACCUCGUCAAGCUGCGUCAAGUGUUGAGGCAAGCCGAAGACCAAGCUUCGAUGUACCGGUGGGUACCGGUAUGUACCAGUAA